UCAUCAUCAUAAAUCAUGUGCUACUCAAAAAAACUGUUAUCAGCGAUAUUUCUCCGGAAACUGCUGCUUGAGUUGGUGGAAAAUGUUUUUUUUCUUUCUCUGUGAAUAUAUAAAGAUGGUAAAGGUGUUCACUCAGGAUUAAAAAUCAUGCGGCGAAAGACUGUACAGUAUUUAAUUUUGGUACCGGUCCAUUUUUAAUUUACAUUUUGCCCGAUGAUAAUUCCGGAAGAUUAGCCGAAAUUCUCACAAUGGACAGGAAACCCAAUCAUGUCGACAUCGUAAUGGAGGAAGACAUAAGCUCCAACGGAAAAUCCAAAAUGCAAGGAGUCACCAGCGAAACAGCCAAGUCCCCUCAUGGGGCAACUGUCAGUUUCCACAACAUUCAAUACAAGCUAAAACUCAAGAGUGGACCUUUGUGUAAAAGGAAGGUUACGACAAAAGAAAUAUUGGUCAGUCUCAAUGGGAUUAUGAAGCCAGGAGUGAAUGCUAUCCUUGGUGCAACCGGAAGUGGAAAGUCAUCGUUUCUGGAUGUACUCGCAGCCAGGAAGGACCCCACUGGACUCUCGGGGGAAGUACUGAUCGAUGGGGCGCCACAACCUCCAAACUUCAAGUGCCUUUCGGGCUAUGUGGUUCAGGAUGAUGUGGUAAUGGGAACGCUGACAGUGAGAGAGAACUUCCGCUUCUCAGCGGCUCUCAGGUUGCCCUCCUCUGUGAGCCAGAAGGAGAAGGAAAAGAAGGUCAACGAGCUCAUCAAGCUUCUGGGCCUCACUAAAGUUGCUGAUUCGAAGGUGGGAACCCAGCUCAUAAGGGGGAUUUCAGGUGGAGAACGGAAGAGGACUAACAUUGGCAUGGAGCUCAUCAUUGACCCCUCUGUCCUGUUUCUUGAUGAGCCGACCACCGGUCUGGAUGCCAGUACUGCCAACUCUGUCCUUCUUUUACUCAAAAGAAUGGCCAGUCAUGGGCGAACUAUCAUCAUGUCCAUCCACCAGCCAAGAUACUCCAUUUACCGGCUGUUUGACAGCCUCACCUUAUUGGUCAAUGGCAAGCAGGUAUAUCACGGGCCUGCACAAAGUGCUUUAGAAUACUUUGCUGAAAUAGGAUAUGUCUGUGAAGAGCACAACAACCCAGCGGACUUCUUUCUGGAUGUCAUCAAUGGGGAUUCUACAGCAGCUGCUUUGACCAAAGCAGAAAAUUCCGAUGCAGACCUAGAUUUUGGGGAGCAGAGCAGCCAGAGGCAGAGCAUUGAGGACCAUCUGGUAGAGGAGUAUAAGAGAUCAUCAUACUGCCAAGACACCCAUGCAGAGCUGGAGAGAAUCGUGAAGGGGAAGGACUACAGUGUCAAGCCCAAGUUCCGCACCAUCACCUACAGCACCUCCUUUAGCCACCAGUUCAAAUGGGUGCUGAAGAGGACUUUCCGCAACCUCAUGCUUAAUCCUCAAACUUCUGUGGCUCAGAUCGGAGUGACUCUUUUCCUGGCUCUGAUUGUCGGUGCUAUAUUCUUUGGAGUCAAAGAUGACAGAAGCGGUCUUCAAAAUAGGAUGGGUGCUCUUUUCUUUAUCACUACAAACCAGUGCUUUGGGUCUCUGUCCGCAGCCGAGCUCUUCAUCACCGAGAGGAAACUCUUUGUGCAUGAGUACAUCAGUGGGUAUUACAGGGUUUCUGUGUAUUUCCUCACGAAGAUCCUGUCUGACAUCAUCACCCUGCGGACAUUUCCUGCCAUCAUCUUCAGCUGCGUCGCCUACUUCCUAAUCGGCUUCAAAGCUACGGUGGAAGCAUUCUUCACCUUCAUGCUGUCUGUGGCACUGGUGGCGUACACGGCCACCGCCAUGACGUUGGCCAUCUCGGCCGAUCAGACCGUGGUGGCGGUGGCCAACAUCUUCAUGACCAUCAGCUUUGUGUUCAUGAUGAUCUUCUCAGGACUCCUGGUGAACCUGCCUAGCAUCGUGGAUUGGUUGGCCUGGUUUAAGUACUUCAGUAUUCCACGCUAUGGAUUUACUGCUCUGCAGAUUAACGAGUUUGUGGGGUUGAUAUUCUGCAACAGUACGUUGACAAACUCAACUGUGGUUGUCUCAGACUUACAAUGCACUGGAGAGGAGUAUUUGGAAUACCAGGGAAUUAAUUACUCCACAUGGGGACUUUGGCAGAAUCACGUUGCACUGGUAGUGAUGACUGUCAUUUUCCUCUGCAUUGCGUACCUGAAACUGCGCUUCAUCAAGAAGUUCACGUGAACGUACCGUUGAAACGACCUAACAGAACAAAAUGUUGCCUUUAAAAAAGCGUUGCCUUUGUAAUUUUUUCUGAUUUUGAAACAACACGGGAGGUGGUCACUUUAAAAGUUUUCCUGUUCAAAAACUCCACCUAAGGACUGUGUGUGUACUGCAAGUUCCCGAUGUUCUCCUUGUAUAAAUACAGUCAAGGCAAAAACACUGCCAUUUACAAGUUAUAUUGCUACAAGCCUUAUACACAGUCAUGGCUAUGACUUCAGCUCAAAUCUCUUUUACAUAAAGCUUUGUGUUCAUCAUGGUAAGGUGAAGGUUGACAAAAAGAAUAAUGUGACAAGGAAUGUUAAAACAUGAGCUGCUCCGUUUUUUGUAAUAUGUAUUUUUUUUUAAUUAUUUUCACGUUGAUUAAUGCCAGCUCACGUUGCAUAUUUUCUACUUGUAAAUACAUAUUUAUGAUUACCGAGGCACACAAAUAAGUUGGUUUGCUGAUCUGUUAACAUUUAAACACUGGU